AUGCAGGCCUUCGUAGGUGACCAACACCGGUGGAAGAAGCACGCUGCUGCGGUCAUCCCCUUUGCCUCCAUCGUGCCGCCCGGCAGCCCCUCGGAGCUGCCCUGCCUCUCCCGCCUCGCUGCCCUCCUGGGGCUCUCCACCGUGCAAGGGCAGUGGCUGAAGGGGUGGCGGAAGGUCCUGGGCUUGAGGCGAGUCCGAGAAGUGUGGUGGGAGGGAGGGCUGGUGGGAGGGCAGUGGACGUGCGUGUCGUGUCAAGAACCCUCGCUCAGCUGCCGGAUCCCACAGAACAUGGGCGCUGCUGGGUACAGCAUGGGAGCUGCUGGGUACAGCAUGGGCGCUGCUGGGUACAGCAUGGGCGCUGCUGGGUACAGCAUGGGCGCUGCUGGGUACAGCAUGGGCGCUGCUGGGUACAACGCUCGCGACGGCAUCAUGCUUCCAUGGUACCCUCACAACACAACACUGGUGGGCGCCGGCCAUGCCUACGUGCUCAUAGCAAUUGAUUGCAACUUUCCUGUGGGGUCUCACAUGACUAAGUGGUGUUAG